CAAUCGUCUUUGGUGACGACCGUCGGCAACAUCAAGUCGCACCUUACUGUCGACAAUAUCACGUGGCGCCAUCACUCCCACGGAAUAAUACUAUCGUAAUUCCAGGUUUCAGAACCCCGACGCAGAGUCUCUACAUAAGUCUCUUUUCCUCGGUGCUAAUCUUGCCAAGUUCUUUCCCUAACCUCAUUCAAUACAUGCAACUGACUGCAUUUGCUCGUUUGCAUUUCGCUGUUUUAAUUGCAGUAAGAAUAGUGAAAUCAGAAUACAUUUGAUUAUUUGGAAAAAGGUGUAAAAAGGAGAGCCAAUUAUGUCGUCCAGGAAUCCGAUGAGGAGAAUCACUGAGCUAGAGUCCAGGAUAGACUAUGUCCAAUGUGAUGGAUUGGCCGCUAUGAAGAUUAUCAAACAUUGCCAUGAGGAGUCUACAAGUAAUAUGGAAGUAGCCCAGGGUGCUCUUCUUGGGCUUGUCGUUCAAAAUCGUCUGGAGAUUACUAACUGUUUUCCGUUCCCGAAGAACGAUGAGAUCAUGGAAGAGGAAGAAUAUCAGCUGGCAGUGAUGCGUCGUCUCCGAAGGGUAAACGUCGAUCAUUUUCAUGUUGGUUGGUACCAAAGUGCAGACGUGGGUAAUUUCUUGAGCGUCAGUCUUCUAGAGUCUCAAUACCAUUAUCAGACGUCGAUUGAGGAAUCUGUGGUUGUAAUUUAUGACACAGCUAAGUCUGGCAGAGGUUUUCUAACCAUUAAGGCCUACCGUCUGACACCACAGGCUAUUCAGAUGUACAAAGAGGGUGAAUUUACACCUGAAGCUCUCCGGACCCUUAAGAUUGGCUACGAAAAUCUCUUCAUUGAGAUUCCUAUCAUUAUCAGGAACAGUAAUUUGACGAAUAUCAUGAUCUCUGAAUUAGAAGAAAUGAUUCCGGAAGAGCAGGGGACCAAGUAUCUAGAUCUGGGAACUGCAUCAGUUCUUGAAGGCCAGUUGAGAUGCAUGAUGGAUCGUGUUGAUGAACUCAAUCAAGAAGCCAUUAAAUUUAAUAGAUAUCAGCAUCUUGUUAUUCGUCAACAACAAGAUAAAAACCGUCUUCUUCAGAAGAGAGCUCAAGAAAAUGCUGCCAGGGCUGCAAAGGAUGAACCUCCAUUACCUGAUGAUGAUAUCAAUAAGCUUCUGAGACCACUCCCCGUUCCACCCAGGCUUAAUCCUAUGAUUGUUGCUGGACAGAUCAGCACCUAUAGCCAGCACAUCUCGCAAUUUUGUGCUCAGAGUCUUGCAAAGUUGUAUAUUACUCAGAGUUUACAGACUGCCAAGGAGGCCAAAUCCACUAAUUGAUGGAAACAGGACAAUGAAUAACCAUCCAAAAAAUUUCAAAUAAAUUCCAGGACGAAUUGAAGAAUUUGUUAAUUCGUGGUAAUAAUCAAUAAAAUCCUCACAGAAAUUGGAACAGUUAUUUUUGAUAGAUCUAUCUUCCUUAUAAUUUUUAAUUGUAC